UAAAAACAAAUACCUUCUUUACAGCUAUCUAUGUGUGCGUUUCAGUCCCUUUUGUCGUAGCAGUUUCAGUGUCCACUGUCAGUGUGUAACCAGAGCUGUGACGUGGGCAAGGGCUCGCUGACUCUGGCACAUUCUAGCUGACUGGGUACAGUGUUUGUUUGCAGGACAGGUAGAAUGGCUGAGCUGAGGGGAACUGUGGAAGCUGCUCGGCAGUUAGGAACUGUUUCCCAUGCCCUCAGACAGUAACUUCUCCCUCAAGGACAAUUACGAUGGACUUUACUGAGAGAGACAACAAAUCAUUAAUGUAAAUGAAAUCACCCUGAGACGCAACACAGUAAUAAUAUUAUAUUUAAUAGAAGUGAAUAGAUGUUUUCUGUUUUAUUGUGCAUAAUAGCAUUAACAACCCACUCUCUAAAGCUUUUGACAUUAUUGUUGAUCAGAAUCAGACAUUUAAGGGGAAAAAAUGUUCAAGAAAGCCUCUCUGUGUAACGGCUAUAUAGCUUCACCCCCUCACUCUUCAAAAUCAUAUUUCCAGAUUCAUUUCAGACGCAUGCUGUUUUGAUGACAUUUUAAUUGGAAAAUGAAAAGUAAUAUUACACCAUUCAUUAUGCACUUGGCACUUUUGUUUUCCACAAACGGUUCAACUCAGAUUAAUGUAUGACAGAGCUGAGAGCGAUGACUAAGAUUGUUCCCUUACCUUGUAAAAAGGAGCUCAGCUCUCAACUCUGAGGGAAAUAGUUUCUCUGUGUGUGUGUAACUUCGAGAGGAAGGCAGUCAACAGCACACAUGGUAAUGAGGACCUUUCACUGCGGAGACAUGGAUCGUAUUCAUUAGGCACGAAAUGGAACAGAACGGGCUGAAACAGGGAGGAACUACCUGAACUUGACCAAUUAGAAACACUCGUUGUUGCAAAACAUUUUGCUGCAGUGUGUCCUAAUGAAUACUACCCUCUGUGCUGACCAGCGUUGUGUGGGCCGCCUAGCCAUUAGGACCUGGAGACACAGAUGGGGACAGAAUGCUCCCAGCUAGUCAGGGAACUGAAGGAAUAGCUCUCCUGUUCCUUUCCAUCUGACCAGAGUAACCUCAACCUCCAUCUGUCUUACCUCAAAGGAACACGGAGAAAUGUUGCUAAUGGAUUGAAACCAAAAGAAAAGCUAUUGGCAUUGCCAACUACUGAAUUUCAUCUGUCAUUGUAGUGGUAAAGUAUCUGUAUUCCCUAGAGGCAUACAUCGGCUACAAGUAGAACAUGCUUCAGUUUAGUUGACAGGAAAUAGAAACUGUAGUAGUUCAUCUCCUGGGAUAUGAUGGGAUGUUAGAAUGUCCUGACUGCUGACGCAUAAGCCAUGAGUUUUCCUCCUGUAGAGGUGAAAGGUUGUGAUGUGUAGGCUGCUGCUGUCAGAUUGUGGCUGUGAAUCUCAUAUAGACUUACUGUAGAAGUCACAUUUGCCACAACACAGUGAUUUGGCCUAAGUCCCCAGAUGUAUCUCGCAGAAGGCUUAUAGGUACUGUUGAGAUGACUGAUGAGAUAAAGAAGUCAUCCAUUGACUCAGUUUGUGUUGUAUGUUCACCCUCUGAUGUUUCUUCUGUAAAUCACAUGCCAACCUUCAUCUGAUUUGAGUGGUGAUUUUUGUUACCAAAAGCCCAAAUGUCACUUCUCUGCAAAUGAGGGGUGCACUGCAGCCUGAGCCUUUUGAUAUGUGUUCCCAUGUGGCUCAGUUGGUACAUCAUGGCAUUUGCAACUAGAGGUCUGAUUUCUUCAUCCUGCCAGCACCCGCAGCUUUUCAUACCGCACCCGCCUACCCCCACGGGCUUUUUGUCCGACUUCCACACACUACAGCAAGAACUUGUCCCGAACCCAACCGCAGUCCCACAAUGUUAUUUUAGGCAUAUGUGACGCAGCUCACUUGCCAGCCAUGGUCCCAGCUUGAAGCACCAAAUUCUGAAAGUGUGUAAACAAUGAGAUAAAGAUGUGCUUUUAAUACAGCAAGUAGGCCUUGUGGAAUAACAACUUUUUACAUCCCUAAGUCAUCAGUCUGGCCGCCCGCAUCAUGACAAAUGCAGACCGCGCCACAAUGAUCUCUGUCCGGACCCGCAGCCCUCUACUUGCAACGCCAGGGUUGUAGGUUCGAUUCCCAGGGGAGACCAGUAUGCAAAAAACAAAGUAUGAAAAUGUAUGCACUCACUACUGUAAGUUGCUCAGGAUAAGAGCGUCUGCCAAAUGACUAAAAUGUAAAUGUAAAAUGAGAGGGAUGGCAGCGGUAUUGGAUGAUGCAGUAGUCACCAGACUAGAACAGGAGCAGAGAGAGAGAGGAGUGCAGAGAGAGACACACACACAGACGUGAAGCAACAUUCUCCCUGACUGUUCACUCACUCUCUUCUCUCUGCUCUGCAUGGAAGGAAGGCUAGGCACUAUGACAACUGGGGAAGAUAAGAACUUUGAUGAUGAGGACUCUGUGGACGGGGGCAGGUCCUGCUCCUCCGCAUCGUCCUCCAAGGCGCCCCCCAGCGGGAGGAGGACUGUAGCUGCAGCUUCUGUCCGCAGGCCCAGCUCUGCCACCGGACCCGGCAAGAUCUCUGCUAAAGAUGCUGCUGCAGGAGCAGUAGAUGAGGAGGACUUCAUCAAGGCUUUUGAAGAGGUUCCUACUAUCCAGAUCCACUCCAACAGAGAGAUGGAGGACAACCUCUCCAAGGUCCGGGAGGUUCUGUCUGACGACAAAAACGACUGGGAGCACCGAGUCAUCGCUCUGAAGAAGGUGCGUUCUCUGCUCCUGGCUGGAGCGCUGGAGUAUGAUAGUUUCCCUCAGCAGCUCCGUCUGCUGGAGGCCCCUCUGAAGCUGUCUGCUAAAGACCUGAGGUCCCAGGUGGUACGAGAGGCCUGCAUCACACUGGGAUACUUGUCCACGCUAAUGGGAAACAAGUUUGACCACUGUGCAGAGACCCUGAUGCCCACACUGCUCAACCUGGUGCCCAACAGUGCCAAGGUGAUGGCCACGUCUGGCAUGGCAGCCAUACGUCUCAUCCUCAGGCAUACACACUACUCACGUCUCAUCCCAAUCAUCACUAGUAACUGCACGUCCAAAUCAGUGCCAGUCAGACGACGCAGUUAUGAGUUCCUAGAGCUGUUAUUACUGGAGUGGCAGACACACACACUGGAGAGGCACGUGGCUAUUCUGACGGAGACCAUCAAGAAAGGGAUCCAUGAUGCCGACUCAGAGGCCAGGUCCGUGGCCAGAAAGUGUUAUUGGGGUUUCCAUGGCCACUACAGCAGGGAAGCGGAGCAUCUUUUCCAGGCCCUGGAGUCGACCUAUCAGAAGGCUCUCCAGUCUCACCUGAAAAGUUCUGACAGCGUUGUGUCCCUCCCCCAAUCAGACCGCUCAUCCUCCUCCUCUCAGGAGAGCCUCAACCGGGCCCUGUCUGUCAAGAGUGUCAUAGGAGGCGGCAUGACAAGGGGGAAGAUGGUGAGUUCCAGGGUGAACUCUAACCCCGGCGGUUCUCUUCAGCGUUCCCGUAGUGACAUCGACGUGAACGCUGCGGCCAGCGCCAAAUCCUGUCUGGUCACCGUGCCCUCCGCUUCUCCCUUCAGCUCAGCCGCUACUCUGCCCCCAGGCUCCUACGCCUCUCUAGAUGGCACACCUGGUAAAAUUAAUACGGGUCGUGUGCGUACGAGGAGGACAAGCGCUGGCAGUGCCGUCGGAGCCAGCGCUACUGUGACUGACAGCAGGGGGCGCAGCCGAGCCAAAAUGGUAUCCCAGUCCCAGCGAUCCAGAUCUGCUAACCCCACUGGCGGUGGUAAGGCCCGGACUUCAUCCAAUCAGACUGGCAGUCGCUCCAGUUCCCCUGGCAAGCUGCUGGGCCACUCGUCUGGGUACGGGAGGAUCAGCAGGCCCCCCUCUGCCUCCAGCACCCCUGCAGACAAGAGGAGCAAGGUCCCCCGCAGCCAGGGCUGCAGUAGAGAUUCCUCUCCCAGCCGACUGGGACUAGCGAGGAGCCGUAUCCCCCGGCCCAGCAUGAGUCAGGGCUGCAGCAGGGAAACCUCUAGGGAAAGCAGCAGAGACACCAGCCCUGCUCGGGGUUUCAAGCCUCUUGCCUCCCGACGUACUUCCCGCUCUACCAGUGCCCUAUCCACGGCUGACCCCCACGGCCAGUCAGAUCGGUUUGGUUUGAUUCACCAGGACCGUAUCUCUGCCUCAGUAAAUGCCAUGAGAGUCCUCAACACUGGCACUGAGGUGGAGGCUGCUGUGGCUGAUGCACUGCUGUUAGGAGACUCCAGAAAUAAUAAGAGGAAGCCUAUGAGGCGGCGGUAUGAGUCUCCGGGUAUCUAUUCUGACGACGAUGCUAACAGCGACGCAUCCAGUGCAUGCUCAGAGCGCUCAUACGGGUCCAGGAACGGAGGUAUCCCUCACUACCUGCGUCAAACGGAGGAUGUGGCGGAGGUGCUAAACCACUGUGCCAGCUCCAACUGGUCAGAGAGGAAGGAGGGGCUGCUGGGUCUGCAGAACCUACUCAAGAACCAAAGAAUACUCAGCCGGGUGGAGCUGAAGAGACUAUGUGAGAUCUUCAGCAGGAUGUUUGCAGAUCCACACAGCAAGAGAGUGUUUAGUAUGUUUCUGGAGACUCUGUUGGACUUUAUCUUGGUGCAUAGAGAAGACCUGCAGGACUGGCUGUUUGUCCUGCUCACCCAGCUACUGAAGAAGAUGGGAGCUGACCUGCUGGGGUCUGUCCAGGCCAAGGUCCAGAAGGCUCUGGACAUCACCAGGGAGUCUUUUCCGUUUGAUCACCAGUUCAACAUCCUGAUGAGGUUCAUUGUUGACCAGACACAGACACCCAACCUCAAGGUGAAGGUGGCCAUUCUGAAGUACAUAGAAUCACUGGCAAGACAGAUGGAUCCGACAGACUUUGUCAACUCCAGUGAAACCCGACUGGCUGUAUCUCGCAUCAUUACGUGGACCACAGAGCCCAAGAGCUCCGACGUCAGGAAGACCCUUCAUAACUGGGUGGUGGAGGAGCUAUCAGGCAGGUCCAGUACUGCAGCCUUACUGUCCCAGCAGGCCGGGGAGGGGCAACUGGAAGAGAGGUGUAAGCAGGCAGCCCAGGUUGUGCUGAUCUCUCUGUUUGAGCUGAACACUCCAGAGUUCACCAUGCUGCUGGGAGCAUUGCCCAAGACCUUCCAGGACGGGGCCACCAAGCUGCUUCAGAACCACCUGAAGAACUCCAGCAACACCAGCAGCGUGAGUUCUCCCAGCAACACUAUUGGGCGGACCCCAAGCCGGCACCCCCCAAGCCGGACCAGCCCUCUCACUUCCCCAACCAACUGCUCCCAUGGGGGGCUAUCUCCCAGUCGGUUGUGGGGUGGGUGUUGGAGUGGCGAUGGGCUACCUAAGCACCCCCCUCCCCCUCAUCCUCCUCCACCUCACUCCACCCCCGCCGGCCCCGCCCUCAGGGUCCUCCGCAGAGCGUACUCUCCCAGUAUGUUGGAGUAUGACACAGAGAACAUGAACUCUGAUGAGAUCUACAGCUCCCUGCGAGGGGUCACAGAGGCCAUCCAGAGCUUCAGCUACCGCAGCCAGGAGGACCUCAACGAGUUGAGAGGGAAGAGGGACGAUGCUGCGGGACGGGAAGGUGUGGCGCCCUCUCCAGGCUCUGAUGCCCGUCUGGGGCUGGAUGUGGUGGAGGGUGGGCGUACGGCCCUGGAUAACAAGACCUCCCUUCUCAACACCCCGUCCCCCCGCUCCUUCUCUGGGCCGCGAACCAGGGAGUUCGCCCCCUACGGAUACGGAGACACCAUCACCUCAUCCUACGACAAGAGCGCCCUGAAGGAGGCCGUGUUUGAUGACGACGUGGAGCAGUUUAGAGACUGCCGUCGGCAGGACAGCAGUGGUGAAAACAAGAUGGUGAUCUCUAAGGGCUUUGCUCCAGGUUCCCAGGACCACUCGGACCUGGUUGCAGACCUGCUGAAGGAACUGUCAAAUCACAAUGAACGCGUGGAGGAGCGUAAAGGGGCGUUGGUGGAGCUCCUGAAGAUCACCCGGGAGGACAGCCUGGCCGUGUGGGACGAACACUUCAAGACCAUCCUCCUACUGCUCCUGGAGACACUGGGGGAUAAAGACUACACUAUCCGGGCUAUGGCACUGAGGGUACUGAAGGAGAUACUGCGGAACCAGCCGGCCCGCUUCAAGAACUACGCUGAACUCACCAUCAUGAAGACCCUGGAGGCACACAAAGACUCCCACAAGGAGGUGGUAAGAGCAGCGGAGGAGUCUGCCUCCACCCUAGCCAGCUCCAUCCACCCAGAGCAGUGUAUCAAGGUGCUGUGUCCCAUCGUUCAGACGGCUGACUACCCCAUCAACCUGGCUGCCAUCAAGAUGCAGACCAAGGUGAUCGAACGCAUCACCAAGGAGUCCCUGCACCAGCUGCUGCCUGACAUCAUACCAGGACUACUGCAGGGCUAUGACAACACAGAGAGUAGUGUUCGCAAGGCCAGCGUGUUCUGUCUGGUGGCCAUCUACUCCGUGAUUGGAGAAGAGCUCAAACCACACCUGCAGCUACUCACGGGCAGCAAGAUGAAGCUGCUGAACUUGUACAUCAAGAGGGCUCAGACAACCAACAGCAACAGCAGCAGUUCCUCGGAUGUCUCUUCACACAGCUAGCUGUAGGAGCAGAGGGAGGGAAACACAGAUCCGUCUGCCUGUACUGUGCAUAUGAAUUAGGGGGGAAAGGUUGCUUCCCAAAUUGGCAUCCUUUUCCCUAUAUAGUGCACUACUGUUGUGCUCUGGCCAGAAGUAGUGCACUAUAUAGGGAAUAGGGUGCCAUUUGGGACAGAUUCAUAGUCGUGCCUCUUCCAGACCUCUCCAUUCCUGAUCUUUUCUUCUCUCCUUCACCCCACUGGACUCCUCUGGGUGAUCUGCUCAUCGCUCCAACCACCGCUUCACUUACUUUGUUCUUUUUUCCCCACAUGGAACUUGUACCUUCAUUUGUCUCGUCCCGUCGUUGUCGUCUCCCCGCCCCCCCAGCUGUUAUGACGCAUCACUAGCAAUGUGUUGCAAGGUAAAGAUCAGAUAUUCAUUAUGUUGAGCAUUCAGAGUGUAGGGAUGGAAACGUAACCAAGGGUGAUGAUAUGGUCCAAUAAGAAUGGUACGUAUGGUCCAAUACUAAAUAAUACCCUGAUAUUGAUUCAGCAAAAACAAAACAUCCCUUCAAAUGCAAUUGGAUGAGUAAACACAGCCUGAAACGUCACAGUAGAAUAGGCCCUUCACGUUUAACCAGGAAGUCCCAUUGAGGUCGGAAGACCUGUCAAGGGGGACCACAUGACAGUCGGUUUGUGAUAAAGAAUCAUAUGGCUGGCAAUAUGUCAGCGAAUGAAGUAGAAUUAGUCGAUUGAGGUAUGGCGUUGGUGGAUGGAGCGAGACAUGAUGUCCCAGAUGUGCUCAAUCCUAUAAAAAGUCAAAGAAGGAAACAUUUUAAUAAAAAAAUGUUACGUAUGUCAAUCAUUAUAAAGACUAACUUAAGCCCAGGUAAGCUAACACUAUUUUUUAUUGUUAGUAUCCAUUAGUUUGGGAGAAAUUAUAAUGAAACAUUAUCAGAGGCCAACUUCCAGCUAAUAGCUUGGCUAUAUCAUGAGAAAAAAUAGAAGUAUUGUUUUAAAUAAAUGCUGACCUUCAUUUUUUCAACCAAAAAUUGCCAUUCUAAAAUUGAAGCUGUUCAAAAUAAGGAGAGCGGUAAAGAUGCAACAGUGUCUGAAGUUAGCAAAUCUGUCUUUCCAACUCACAAUCAAUUAUUGUUGCGGAUAACUCCAUUUCCAUUGUCAAAUAAAAACAAAUAUUAAGGGAAGAAAAUACACCAUUACAUUUCUUUACAUUCCCUGAAUCAAUCAAGUGAUAUUGAAUGGAUCACUUCCAACUCAUAGAAUUAGAAUGAGUGUUCACAACCUACUCAAUGUCCAUGUUGCUAAUGAUGUCACACUGAAUGAGUGUUCACAACCUACUCAAUGUCCAUGUUGCUAAUGAUGUCACACUGAAUGAGUGUUCACAACCUACUCAAUGUCCAUGUUGCUAAUGAUGUCACACUGAAUGAGUGUUCACAACCUACUCAAUGUCCAUGUUGCUAAUGAUGUCACACUGAAUGAGUGUUCACAACCUACUCAAUGUCCAUGUUGCUAAUGAUGUCACACUGAAUGAGUGUUCACAACCUACUCAAUGUCCAUGUUGCUAAUGAUGUCACACUGAAUGAGUGUUCACAACCUACUCAAUGUCCAUGUUGCUAAUGAUGUCACACUGAAUGAGUGUUCACAACCUACUCAAUGUCCAUGUUGCUAAUGAUGUCACACUGAAUGAGUGGGCCAUUAUAAGUCAAGACAACAUACAAACUUGUCAGUGAAAACACUAAACAAAUCCAAAGUGUCACGUUUAUUUAUUCCCACCCUCUUCCCACCUAUGUUGCCAGAUUAUAGCAUUGAUGCUGCUGUUUAUAACGUAUACCUGUCUGAUGAGUAACAACCCUACACUUAUUGAUAAUGCGAAUAUUACAGGCUCAGUUUUGGAAGGAGAUCAGUGGAUUCAUUGAGACAGACUCCUAGUCCUGGAUUAAAAACUAUUCUCAAUGGAGAAUAUCUAUUAAAAGUAUGUUUUAGUCCUAGUCUUAAUAUGCGUCCAGGAAACCGUCCCAACUAGGUUUAUGUUAAUUUUCCACAGUAAUGUUUGGAUCACUUCUACUGUUGAAAAACAGGAUAGAUGUACAUACAGAAGCUCUCAGCUCUUAAAAAUGUGAAACCAUUACUCCAGGAACUACAAUAAAACUGGCUUGCAAACCGAUACAAUAAUAUCCACCACGAUGAUGCAAAUGUUAGUUGUUUAUAAUAAUACAGUAUUACACCCAUCUUCUCAUCACCUUCCUUUCACGCAACUACAGCUUUUGCAAUAAAGAAAAUACCAUGAUGAGCAAAUUUAAGUAUUUUGUACAUAACUCUUGAUCAAUCACCACUUCGCAACUUUCGUGUAAUGAAAUAAAAAGGUUGGCUCUCUCACUUUUUUUGCACGCUAGCGAAUUAGCUUGCAUGUUUUUGGGCAGCACACCCACUUGAUGCUGCCUUUAAUCGAUGGGUCCUGUUUUCGCUGUUGAAGUGCACUUGUAACCGCAUCAGUUUGGUCAGCCUUUACAACAACAGGUAGGAAUACACUCACAAAGCUCUGUGAGUUGUCCAGAACUACGAAGACUCUGUCUGCCCUAGACAACAGUGUACACUGUACAGGACCUAACCGUCUCAAGAUGCCAAGCAGACAUAUACAGUACUGGGUCUCCUUUAGUACAGUACUACAUAUUUGGGCAUGUGGCUUUAUAAAGGUACACUGUGUGUGCGUGCCUUGUUACCAUAGUAAAGUGUGUGACAUCUAUUUCCAUCUGUUGAACAGUUUAAAAAAUGACACUAAUUGUUUGUUUUUAAAUGGGGCCAUCAUCCUUUUGUAAGUAUGUUAAUUUUAUUUGAUUGUGUGUUAGGGAGAAGCCAAUUGUUUUGUUAAAGACAGAAAGUACUGUAUUGGCUGAUCUGGCUGAAGAUCUGGAUCAUUAUCUGCUGGUGAUGAUGGUCCCUAAGAGAAGCUAAUCCUAGCAAUCUGUUCCCUUUGCAUGUUAUUGUGUUUGUUUCUAUUGUUUUGUCAUUUAAGAUUCAUAUCUGUAUUUAUGAUAGUUUUAUUUUAGUUGUAGUUUUUUAUGACAACUUGUACAGAAGGGUUUCGUUAACAUCCACCUGUGAUAAAUGAUUUGCCUCAAUGUACAUUUGUUUGCUUUAGAAAUAAACGAACAUUCAAGUUGA